UAAAUUAACCAAACUGUAGAUGCUGGACAUUUUGUAAGGCUGGAGGAGAGCAAGUUUUGACACAAUGACUCUGUUUCAGCAACUGCCAUUUUUCAACUCGGUCUGGUAUGAAAAUCUUCCACACAGACUGUCCCAUUCAGCAGACCGAUCCAUGGAGCAUUGUUGGAUGGCAUGAUUGUUACUGUAUGUGGACGAGUUUCCCCACAUUCCAGCAGAUUCCAGGUGGACCUCAUGCACGGGUCUGAUAUUGUUCUGCACUUUAACCUUCGCUAUGUGGGAGGAUCUGAAUACGUUGUGCACAACACCUGCCAGUAUGGUCACUGGGGCUCAGAGGAACGCAAGUAUGAAACUCCCUUCCCGAGAGGCCAGAUGUUUGCUCUGCAGAUCCUCGUCACCCAGGAGACGUACAAGAUAAGUACCAAUGGGAAACCCUUCUCCGAGUACAAGCACCGUAUGCCGUUCUCCCAUGUGGACAGCAUCUGCAUUGGUGGAAUGGUGGAACUGAGUUUAGUUGCUUUCCAGUAUCCUGUGCCCUGUUAUGCUGCACCUCUAGGAUCUUUUAUGGUGCCGUAUAAAAGCACCUUCUGUGGUGGAGUACAUCCUGGAAAGAUCUUCAUCAUCCAAGGAUUUCUCAAUCCCGGGGGAAACAGAAUGGAGAUUAGUCUACGACACAAAACCGGAAUUGCAUUUUACUACAGUAUCUUUUAAGAUGAGAAUGUGGUUGUGUGCAACAGCUAUGAGGAUGGGACAUGGGGAAAUGAGGAACGAUCUGAAGUUGUGCUGUUAAAAAGAGGGGAACCGAUGCAGGUCACCAUUUUCUCCAGUCAUGAUCAUUACAAGGUGUUUGUGAAUGGUGAACAAACUCACACUUACAGCCAUCGUUUCACUAAACUGGAGGAGAUUGAUGUUUUGGAAGUUAGUGGAGAUGUGGAGUUGACAUUUGUGCAGCCCUUACACAGAUUUCAUACUGAUCUAUGAGCAGUGCUGGGUAGAUUACUUACAAGUCCAUUACUGAUUCCAAAUUACAGGGCAAAAAUAGUUAGUAGCAUAAACCAUUACAUUACACAUUUGAGGUGAUAAAAUAGGACUACUUUUUGAUUAUUUUUAGAUUGCUUAUGACCUAACUCCUUUAUCAUAUUGAUUUAAAUAGGAUAAUUGUGUACCAUAUUGAUAUAAAAGUACAAACGGAAAUAAACUAUGUUCUCUUUGUUAUUAACAAC